UUAUGUUCCUGUGAUUGUGGUGUGCAGCUCUUAUCUGUAACUAACCUCUGACCAGUUUGGACUUUGGAUCUUCAGUUCUGUGUUUACAGUCUUUUAGCUGUUUUCUCAGUUUUCUUUGUGUUUUCUGACUCGUGAUGCAGGUUUUUCUUUUUCCCCUCGUCCUCUGGUUCCUCCUGCACCCUCACACUCCAGUUCACACUGGCCACGUUCUGGUUUUUCCAGGAGAAUACAGCCAUUGGUUGAACAUGCGGAACAUCAUGGAGGAGCUGGUGAGGAGGAACCACUCUGUCACUGUUUUAGUUGCUGAUGCCUCGCCGUCUGUCGGCUACAACAACAGCCGCAAUGCCGCCAAGUUCAACUUCCUGGUUUUCAAGGUCCCGUUCAGCAGAGCCGAUCUUCACGGCCUCACUGAGGAGUUCAUCCACUUCUCCAUGUACGAGUCUCACGUCUCCUCUCCACUGAGGAAGUUUUUGAAGGUGCGUGAUUGGAUGCGGCGGUCGAUUGAGUUGGGGACGCAACAGUGUGACUCGAUAUUGAAGAACGAGCAGCUGAUGGCGACCCUGCGGGACGCUGCGUUUGAUGCCGUCCUGCUCGACCCAAUGGUGAUGUGCGGCGACCUGGUGGCCGACAUGCUCAACCUGCCUCUCAUUAUCUCGCUCCGCUUCUCGUUCGGUGGCGUCCUGGAGAGUCACUGCGGCCACGCACCGGCACCGCCGUCCUACGUCCCGGCGGCUCCGCUGCCGUACGGUGACCGCAUGACGUUUGUGGAGAGGCUGAUCAGCGCAGUGACGUAUGUGUGGGUGUCAGUGAUGACUGAGGUGUUCUGGAGGCUGACGCUGGAUAAAUACUACAGUGAGGUCAAAGGAAGUCCAAGCAGUGUCUGCAGGACUCUGGGGAACGCUGACAUCUGGCUCAUCAGGACCUUCUGGGACCUGGAGACUCCGCGACCGAUCCCGCCUAACUUCAAACACGUGGGCGGUCUGCACUGCAAACCUGCCAAUCAGCUGCCAGAGGACCUGGAGGCGUUCAUACAGAGUUCGGGCGAUGCCGGCGUGGUGGUGGUGUCCUUCGGCUCCAUGGUAACCAACCUCACAACAGAGCGCGCUGACAUCAUCGCCGCCGCCUUUGGACGAAUCCCACAGAAGGUCAGAAGCUCCUCCCACUCACAGACAGAGAAAUAACACAUUUCUCUGUAUAUACGUUCAGGGACGUCGGGA